GCCCCGGGCCCGCGCUCUCCCUCCCCAGCCCUCAGAGCGUUCCCGCCCCUCUGUCUCCCCGCAGCCCGCUAGACCAGGCGAUGGCGCGGCCCGGGAGAGCCCGGGAGCCGCUGCUCGUGGCGCUGCUGCCGCUGGCGUGGUUGGCGCAGGCGGGCCUGGCGCGCGCCGCGGGCUCUGUGCGGCUGGCGGGCGGCCUGACGCUGGGCGGCCUGUUCCCGGUGCACGCGCGGGGCGCGGCGGGCCGGGCGUGCGGGCCGCUGAAGAAGGAGCAGGGCGUGCACCGGCUGGAGGCCAUGCUGUACGCGCUGGACCGCGUGAACGCCGACCCCGAGCUGCUGCCCGGCGUGCGCCUGGGCGCGCGGCUGCUGGACACCUGCUCGCGGGACACCUACGCGCUGGAGCAGGCGCUGAGCUUCGUGCAGGCGCUGAUCCGCGGCCGCGGCGACGGCGACGAGGUGGGCUUGCGCUGCCCGGGAGGCGUCCCUCCGCUGCGCACCGCGCCCCCCGAGCGCGUCGUGGCCGUCGUGGGCGCCUCGGCCAGCUCCGUCUCCAUCAUGGUGGCCAACGUGCUGCGCCUGUUUGCGAUACCGCAGAUCAGCUACGCCUCCACAGCCCCGGAGCUCAGCGACUCCACGCGCUAUGAUUUCUUCUCUCGGGUGGUGCCGCCCGACUCCUACCAGGCCCAGGCCAUGGUGGACAUCGUGAGGGCUCUGGGAUGGAACUAUGUGUCCACGCUGGCCUCUGAGGGCAACUAUGGCGAGAGCGGGGUUGAGGCCUUCGUUCAGAUCUCCCGAGAGGCUGGGGGGGUCUGUAUUGCCCAGUCUAUCAAGAUUCCCAGGGAACCGAAGCCGGGAGAGUUCAACAAGGUCAUCAGGAGACUCAUGGAGACACCCAAUGCCCGGGGCAUCAUCAUCUUUGCCAAUGAGGAUGACAUCAGGCGGGUCCUGGAGGCCGCUCGCCAGGCCAACCUGACCGGCCACUUCCUGUGGGUCGGUUCCGACAGCUGGGGGGCCAAGACCUCGCCCAUCUUGAGCCUGGAGGACGUGGCCGUCGGGGCCAUCACCAUCCUGCCCAAAAGGGCCUCCAUCGACGGAUUCGACCAGUACUUCAUGACUCGAUCCCUGGAGAACAACCGCAGGAACAUCUGGUUUGCCGAGUUCUGGGAAGAGAAUUUUAACUGCAAACUGACCGGCUCAGGUACCCAGGCAGAUGAUUCCACCCGCAAAUGCACAGGCGAGGAACGCAUCGGCCGGGACUCCACCUACGAGCAGGAGGGCAAGGUGCAGUUCGUGAUUGAUGCAGUGUACGCCAUUGCCCAUGCCCUCCACAGCAUGCACCAGGCGCUCUGCCCUGGGCACACAGGCCUGUGCCCGGCGAUGGAACCCACCGAUGGGCGGACGCUCCUGCAGUAUAUUCGAGCUGUCCGCUUCAAUGGCAGCGCAGGAACCCCCGUGAUGUUCAACGAAAACGGAGAUGCGCCCGGGCGGUACGACAUCUUCCAGUACCAGGCCACCAACGGCAGUGCCAGCAGUGGGGGGUACCAGGCGGUGGGCCAGUGGGCAGAGACCCUCAGACUGGAUGUGAGUGUGCAGACCAAGCCCCGGGUGGGCAUGGGCCCAGGAUCCCGGAGGCAGAGGCCCCAGCCUGUGUUUUGUGCGUCCCAGGUGGAGGCCCUGCAGUGGUCUGGCGACCCCCGCGAGGUGCCCUCAUCUCUGUGCAGCCUCCCCUGUGGGCCGGGGGAGCGGAAGAAGAUGGUGAAGGGCGUCCCCUGCUGUUGGCACUGUGAGGCCUGUGACGGGUACCGCUUCCAGGUGGACGAGUUCACAUGCGAGGCCUGUCCUGGGGACAUGAGGCCCACGCCCAACCACACCGGCUGCCGCCCCACGCCUGUGGUGCGCCUGAGCUGGUCCUCCCCCUGGGCAGCCCUGCCGCUCCUCCUGGCCGUGCUGGGCAUCAUGGCCACUACCACAGUGGUGGCCACCUUCAUGCGACACAACAACACGCCCAUUGUCCGGGCCUCGGGCCGAGAGCUCAGCUACGUCCUCCUCACCGGCAUCUUCCUCAUCUACGCCAUCACCUUCCUCAUGGUGGCUGAGCCUGGGGCCGUGGUCUGUGCCACCCGCAGGCUCUUCCUGGGCCUAGGCACGACCCUCAGCUACUCUGCCCUGCUCACCAAGACCAACCGUAUCUACCGCAUCUUUGAGCAGGGCAAGCGCUCGGUCACACCCCCUCCCUUCAUCAGCCCCACCUCGCAGCUGGCCAUCACCUUCAGCCUCACCUCCCUGCAGGUGGUGGGGGUGAUAGCAUGGCUGGGGGCCCGGCCCCCACACAGCGUGAUUGACUAUGAGGAGCAGCGCACGGUGGACCCGGAGCAGGCCAGAGGGGUGCUCAAGUGUGACAUGUCGGAUCUGUCUCUCAUCGGCUGCCUGGGCUACAGCCUCCUGCUCAUGGUCACGUGCACAGUGUACGCCAUCAAGGCCCGCGGCGUGCCUGAGACCUUCAACGAGGCCAAGCCCAUCGGCUUCACCAUGUACACCACCUGCAUCAUCUGGCUGGCAUUCGUGCCUAUCUUCUUUGGCACUGCCCAGUCAGCUGAAAAGAUCUACAUUCAGACAACCACACUAACCGUGUCCUUGAGCCUGAGUGCGUCGGUGUCCCUCGGCAUGCUCUACGUACCCAAAACCUAUGUCAUCCUGUUCCACCCGGAGCAGAAUGUGCAGAAGCGAAAGCGGAGCCUCAAGGCCACCUCCACAGUGGCAGCCCCACCCAAGGGCGAGGAUGCAGAGGACCACAAGUAGCAGGGCAGGCAGGAACGGGACUGCUCGCUGCCUCUCCUUUCUUCCUCUUGCCUCACGGUGGAAGCUGUACAGAGCCCAGGUCCAUGGUGAACAGUCAGAGGCAGGGAGUGUGCGAAGACCACGCGCUGCAUCGGUGGGGCUGGCCUUGAGAAGGAACUGGACCCAGCUCUGCCCUGAUUCCAGCAUGUGAGCUUCAUGCUUCCUCACCACAGACCAGACUCGCUAGCCAUGGUGGGAAACAGCCACCGAGAAGGUUCUAGCUCUAGAGAGGAACUAAACUUCUUCUCUCAUCCAAAGUCCAAAGAUGAUGAUGAAGCCCCGGGCUUUGCCUGGAUUGAGGAUUUCCUCCCCUCAGUCAAACCCCAUAACCUGGGGACUGGGCAGUGUGGAAGAACGUGUAGACCCCAGAAUGAAACGUGGGGUUGGAGUGGAGGAGGAGCUGUCUCAGCAAGAGGAGACCUGGGGCUGUGCAUCUGGAUGGAGGCACACAGGCCUGGGUAGGAUUCCUCUGGCACGGAGGGAGAGACCCUGGGUGAGACCCCUGUGUGCACGGGAAGGGCCUGCAGGGGCGAGAGCGUGAGCUGAGGAAUUGGGGUACACCCCCAUGAGAUUUCCAAUGCCAUGGACUUUCCUGCUAUCCCCCCGGGACUGGGCAAGGUCAGACUUAGAGUAUAGCUGUUUUCCUCCCCUGUGUGUACUCCCUUAAAUCACCCCCAAACCUUGGCUGGGCGUGGUGGCGCACACCUGUAAUGCCAGCACUUGGGGAGGCCAA